AUGCAUUUGCAGCAGCAGGCGUCUGAGUACGGUGUUUCCGCUACCAAUGCUCCUGCCGCCGCAGCGAGCGGCGCUGAGACGGACGACAAGAAAAAGAAGAGCUCGUCGGCAAGCGCAACCAACGACAAGGAGCUGCGGGAAAUGUUGACACGGGCUGAGGGACGCACUUUAAAAAAUGUGGCAGAAGAGGUCUUGCGGACUGAAAGAACGUCCCGCGCGGAAAAAUCAAAGCAGUUGUUUGCCAUGCUAUGGUUGAGGCAGACGUGUAAGCAUGCAAAAACCUCUGUCCCCAGGAAUCGUGUCUACUCUCAGUACGCAGAUCGAUGCGCCACGGAGCGAGUCCAGCCUCUGAAUCCGGCAUCAUUUGGAAAGCUCGUAAGGGUGAUAUUCCCAGGCAUUGCUACUCGGAGAUUGGGUGUUCGUGGAGAGUCAAAAUAUCACUAUGUGGAUUUGGCAUUGGUAGAUGACCCAAUUGAGGGCAACGAACUGGAGCGAGCAGGCAGUGCACAAAGCGGCGAUUUCAUGGGGUUGCGGCAAGGAUCCGGUAACCCUCACAUUGAUUUCAAUACUAUGCCACGCCUGCCAGCAGACACUGCCGCAUUCCCUACCUCAGAUCAGGGAAUAGACCCACAACCGAAAACUUACAACACCGGCUCAGCUUCUCGGGGUCGCGUCUUUGCAGAACCGCAUGCCCCUGGUUACACCCAAUCGAGGCACACUUCAAGCAUGUAUGAGCAGGAGCUGAAGUUUCCUCCUCCGAACCAAGAGUCAUUCCAGGAGAACGACUCAAUUGAGCUUCCCAACAUCCACGACUACGUUCCACCUAAAACCGACAUAGACGCCGCCAACGCAUUGACAGCUUUAUACCGGACGCAUUGCACAUCUCUUGUCGAUUGUAUCCGCUUUUGCAAGGAGAAGCAAUUUUUCCGCUUGUUUACCUCCUUUCACGGCACGUUGACUGUACCAGUGCAAAAACUCCUUGCCCAUCCAAACAUGGCCCCUUGGAUUCGGGAGUGCGAUUGGUUAAUGUACCAGAAGAUGAUCCGCUUCGUCUCGAGACUUACUCUGCAGGUAACCCCGCCGGUGGUGCUGCAUUUCCUCGAUAACGUAUCCCGAGAACUGCAUAAGCACGUCAGCAAAACCUUCCAGGGCCAUCCGCUCCACGUCCUCGAGGCAAGGCUUGAACCGGCGACUCUGUUUGCACAACUCCUGCAUAGAAUGCUUCGCGCCAACCAAGCAGCUCAUGCGGCGGCAGCUCUUUUGAUGAUUGAUCAGAACCGAAGCCAAAUGUGGCAGGACUGGGUUACCUUUGUCAACCCAAAGAGGAUUCUGGAAAGUGAAUUGCCGGAUUGCGGUUACGAAGAGGUCUACACGAUCUUAACUCAAGAUGUCAGGAGUCUUCUACAACCUUUGUCGACACCGGUAUGGUUGGAAAAUGGCACCCAUUACCAGGAAGCGGCUCUUUCGACAGCAAAACAGCACGGUGAUUCGCCAAUAACAAACGAGACGGUCAUUGAUCGACUGGCCUUUUUUCUCUCUAAUUUGCCAACCCGCUUUCCGCAGGCUAGUACUCGAACGUUGCUUCACUGCAUCAGCGCAGUGGGAACGGCGGCUUGCCGGGAAAUCACUGUUGAGAAUGGUGUGAGCUUCUCGCCCUGGUGGAUCACCAAGGUGUUCGUUGAUGAAAUGAGCCUAUGGCUGGCUUCGCUUGGGGGAUUCCUGGAACAUCGUCCUCCGGUGCGCAAAAGCACGUCACCUUCAGCAUCUGCUGCGGAUUUGGACAGCAGACUCAGCAAUGGCGGAGCAGUUCGCGGCAACAGCCAAGGCACCAGACGCUACAGCAGCUUGGGCGCAGACUUCUCCAUGGAUACUAGCUUCAUAAGUAAUCAGGGCAAAGACAGUUCCGGGGAUGACAGUACGUUGUAG